GGGUGCCCCAUCCUCCUCCCGCGCGCCGUCAGGCCUCGAGAACUACAACUCCCGGCAUGCCUCCGCCCCGGAGGCGCAGACGCUGAGGCGGGGGCCCCCGGGCCACCUCUGGUCCGCGGGUCGUCGCCUCGGUGGCAGCCGCGCGGCUAGCCGGGACGGGAGCCAUGGAGGACGCGUCGCCCCCGACGCCCGGCUGCAACAAGCCGCACCUGGAGAAGCUGACCCUUGGCAUCACCCGCAUCCUAGAAUCUUCUCCAGGUGUGACAGAGGUAACCAUCAUAGAAAAGGCACCUGCUGAACGUCAUAUGAUUUCUUCCUGGGAACAAAAAAAUAAUUGUAUGAUGCCUGAGGAUAUGAAGAACUUUUACUUGAUGACCAAUGGCUUCCACAUGACCUGGAGUGUGAAGCUAGAUGAGCACAUCAUUCCGCUGGGCAACAUGGCAAUUAAUAGCAUCUCAAAAUUAAAUGAACUCAACCAGUCUUCUAUGUAUUCACUUCCUAAUGCACCAACCCUGGCAGACCUGGAGGAUGAUACAUAUGAAGCCAGUGAUGACCAGCCAGAGAAGCCUCAUUUUGACUCUCGAAGUGUGAUAUUUGAGCUGGAUUCAUGCAAUGGAAAUGGGAAGGUUUGCCUUGUCUACAAAACUGGGAAACCAGCAUUAUCACAAGACACUGAAAUCUGGUUCCUGGAUAGAGCAUUAUAUUGGCAUUUUCUCACAGAUACUUUUACUGCCUAUUACCGCCUGCUCAUCACCCACCUGGGCCUGCCCCAGUGGCAGUAUGCCUUCACCAGCUAUGGCAUUAGCCCACAGGCCAAGCAAUGGUUCAGCUUGUAUAAGCCCAUCGCCUACAACACAGACCUGCUCGCUGGAGAGACCGACUCCUUCAUGAAUAAGCUAGACCCAAGCAAAGUGUUUAAGACCAAGAACAAGACUGUAAUCCCAAAGAAAAAGGGUCCUGUUCAGCCUGCCAGUGGCCAGAAAGGUCCUUCAGCUCCCUCAGCCUCUAAACCCUCAUCUAGCUCUGCAAACCCUAUCCGCAAAUGAACACCACCUCCAU